GCAGAUGUUGGGCUUCUAUAGAUAACGGUAGUUAAUUGACAGAGUGGGUUUCUCUUCACAAACAUGGUCAGUACGAGCCAGCUGCUUGUUAGUUCAGAAUGUGUGUAUUGCAUAGCACGUUUCAUUCAUUUUGGCUAAUGCUAGCUUGUAGCCUGAGCUGGGUUUGGUCGGCUUGCUAACGUCAGGUACUCCUCACUGCUGCUGGACACACACACACACAUACACACAUACACACUCACACACACAGCUGCAUUGAUUUACUGUUAAAGUAAGAUACUGAACGCCUGUAACUACAGAUAGCCUGCACAGUGAAUUAGCUUAACUAGUGUCGGUAACGUUCAUCAACACACACUGUUAUGGAUUAUGAACAUAAAGCAAAGGCAGUGGCUGACUGCUUGAUGGGCUACAAGAGGGACGAAUCCGGCUGGAAAGUCUGCAAGAAAUCGAAUGACGUGGUGGUGUCGUGGCGUCCUUCAUCUGAGUUCCCCGGGAAUGUUUAUAAGGGGGAGGGGGUCGUCAGCGGCAGCCCGGACAAAGUGUGGGAGUGUCUGAAGCCGGUCCCCAAUGGACUCCGAGUCAAGUGGGACAACAACGUCAAAAGGUUUGAGCUUCUGGAACAAAUCACAGAGGACGUCUCUAUCUGCAGAACAGUCACACCCUCAGCAGCUAUGGGCAUCAUAGCUCCACGAGACUUUGUAGAUGUUAUUUUAAUCAAGCAAUACGAAGACGGCACCAUUUCAUCCAAUGCCACCAACGUGAGUCACCCAGGCUGUCCUCCACACUCUGGUUACGUGAGGGGAUUGAACCAUCCAUGUGGCUGCAUCUGUGUGCCCAUCUCAGGAGAGCCCAACAAAACCCAGGUGUUCAGUUUCUUCCAGACAGACCUGGGCGGCUUCCUGCCUCGCUCCGUGGUCGACUCGUUCUUCCCCUCCAGCAUGGCCGAGUUCUACAACAACCUGGCCAAGUCUGUCAAAUCCCUCAAAGACCUCUGACACCUCUGAAGGUGAAGACACCUCCUCCUCGAGCCUGAGGCCCAAUGACUGGUCAGACCAGCCCUUCAUUCCAUGUUAAACAGUCCACACUGAACAGUAAUCAACAAGCUGACAUGAUCAAACAAUGACUUAAUCAAGUUUUAUGUUUAAUGUGUACAUUCCUACAUUCCUGUGUUACUGCAGGUAGUAGCCUGCUCCCCCCGUCUGAAAUUAGACAAGUCCUAAAAGAAGAGGGGGGUCUCCCUUAGACAUUACACCCCCCUCUGUGAGAUUAAUUUAUUACUCCUGAAUCUAAGGAAUGGGAGUAAAUGUAAAAUCUCUAUUUGUACAUGUGCUAACAUACACAAUAUCUUUACUUUGUCCCAGAGUCACGUGACUCUGGAUCUUUCCUCGUCUAGUAAUCGCAUACUUCAGUGUGAACAUUAAACAUGCAUGUUGCAUGGACCUUAUUUUACCCUAUGCUGGUAUCAGAUUGUUGGUUUGGAGUACUGAUUCAUACCUCAUAUUUAGUUGUUUUGUGUUGUACUUGAAAUGCCAUAGUUUUCCUCAUCUCCACUCACCUGUGAACCCUCAGUAUCUGCCUCUUCUAUCAGCUCCACUGAAGCACAGGCUGGAUGGCACCAUGGCCUUUUUUUUAACAAAGGCAGCUUUUUUUUUUUCUUUCUAUGUGACAGAACGCCUUCUUUUGAUUAGAACAUACGUAGUGAUGCUCUGUUGAGCAGAAAAGUGUCUUCCCCUUUUUUCAUGCCAUCACUUUCUUGAAGUACAUUUCCCUUUCUCUUUCUUCAUAAACAUAAAUGAAGAUUAGAAGUAAAUCAACAUGCUGUCUGCAUGUGCAGCAUAGUCUUAACUCACUAUUUUUAAAUGCAUGUGGAUGAAGUGAUCCAGGUGUGUAAUAGCAGUAAGAAGUCAAAGUGUAGUGUCAGUAUAUAGUCAGUCAUGCAGCUACCUCACUGUGUGCACAUUAAUAGUAGUUAAUAACACAGCUCUGUACUGGGAACAGAAAGGGAAAUGUACUCAUGGAAGCGUGAUGACAGUAUUUCUUCAUGUUCACAUCAGGACAUGACUCAGCAGUCUUGAACACUUUACGACACAUAAUAAUCUUUUUUCACCAUGCUAUCUAGUUUUUAAUAUUCAGGUUGGAGUGAGAAUCUUCACUCUGUAUCUGCACACUAAAAUCAAUACUUAUAGCACUUGAGGACAAAUCAUGUCUGUACUUAAUGACUUAACCAUAUUAAAGUUGAUAUUAAACUUGAAAUAUUCACCUAAAUAUGAUAUUUAACAUAUAGAAAACGUAUGCUAUUCCACAACUGCCAGAAUCCUCUUCAGGUAUUCAGAACUAAAUAGAAGCGUCACCACAAAUGUACUGUACUUGUUUGAAUCUGCAUACACUGAGGCUCACUGUGCCAGAGGAAGUGUGAUCAUCUCUCAUGGCCUUCCCUUCACCCCCUCCUCAUUAAAGAAGGAGCGGACUGAUCCUUAAUGAGAACAUCUGGAUUUUCUUAAUGAAUUACUUGCAUUCAAUAUACUGCUUGAACAUAAUUAGCACUUUAUUAAGAAAUCCCUUCAGUAUGAAACCAGUAUGUGUGAUGAAGAUAUUAGAGGCUGGAUAAUGACAUGUUGGCCCUCUCUUUGUCCAGAGCCGUUGUGUGUAUGAUAAGCCAUAUACUGUAAGGUUUGUUUGAACCUAUAACAUCUCUUUACCUCAGUGUAGCCUGAGUCAUCUUAACUUCAUUCCCAUCGUUUCCUUCCCCCUCCCAUGUGUGCUUGAGAUGUUGUUGCUUCCAUACAGAUCUAAAGGCAUUUUUUCCCCCCGUGUGCUGUUUAAAUGGAGCCUGCAGGUUUUUGUUUUAUUGUGAACUUGUGUCAAUGUCCACACAGCUGCUAAAAGAGAAGAAAUCACACGAGGAGAAGCACAAACACCUGUCUGCCAAAGUAAAUCAACACUGAAUCACCUUUUUUAUCCCAUUUUUAUCUUUUUACCUUCUUUUUUAUCCAUUUACUGCCUGAUCUCACUAUUCCAACAGGCUGAGUCAGCAAAUAUGGAUACUCUGCUGCACCAUGUAAGGUGAGGGUCAUGUGAUGUACUGAGACAUCUUCAGGCUGCUUUUCAGUCACCUUGCUGACUAGGCUAAAAUGAUGGAUGCAGUUGUCACAGCCAGCUGUGCUAUGCCUGUCAGUCACAUGACUCAUUUUUCAGGCAGCUCGAUUGUAACUUGCAUGUUAGUUUUUUCUUGAAAAUGUGACCGAACUGUUCAGAUCUGAUCAGAGUGAAUCAUCCAGAUGUUUUCUGACUGAUUCACAUUUUUACAUGCAGCAACUUGUGUUUUAUAGAUAGACGUCACAUUUUAAUGGCAGGUGUCUCUGUUCCCUCUGCUGUUUAGACUCAAAGCAACACUUGUAGUAUAGAACAACUUUAUUGAAAGACCUUCUCUACUAUAUUUCUACUGCACGAUUUCUAUUCUUGGGUGGAUAAAAAUUGAGUUUAGAAUUUUUUCCUUUGUCCCAACCUCAUCUGUAAGUCAGUUUGAACUCUUUUUAGACCUACAGAAAUUAUUAAGAGAUGUAAGACAUAAUAAUUGUUCAUGAAAACAAUUCCUCCUAGAAUCCUAUCCCAAAUAACACCUACAAUUAAAAACUCAUUUAAAAUAAGAGCCAUUUUUUAUCCACCUAAGAAUAGAAAUCCUUCAGUAGAGACUGUAGACUUGUAAGUCUACUAAUAAAGUUGUUCUAUACUAUAAGUGUUGCUGGAGCUUUGACUCUUCUCCAGAAACCUCCACCCUGUUUCUACAGCCAUGACAUUUUUAAAUAUUUUGAGGUGUCCUCACUACUCGACGUCUUUUUACUCAAAUUAAACUGUUCCUAACUGUCCUUUAACAUCAGGACACACACAGUUUAAUCAAUGGGAAAAUGUAUUUUUGACAGAAAUCAGCUUAAUCUGAUAAACUCCUUUUUUAAAUAUUUGUUCAUUUUUGUAAAAACCCAAACAGUGAACAUACAAGCUGCUGCAAAGUGUGAGCUCAUACAGAGCAGCAGCAGCAGCAGCAGCAGCAGCAGCAGCAGCAGCAUGUGAUUCAGUAUUGAUUUACACUUGGUGCAUCUUGCUGUCAUUCAGAAUGACAUGCAGGUCAUAGAGCAUGUUAAACCCUGGCAGAACCACUUCCUAGUUAAACCCUUUAAGUAUAAGACUCUGACUCUGAUAGGCUGUCUGACCUCCAAUGACACCAAACACCCAGAGUGAAGUUAGUGUUUGAAUCCAAAGUUUCCUCCUGUGCAUCAUUUUGGCAACUUUGUGGUCCAACAAGCAGUCCAGAUAACCGUCUCCUGUGUGACACUAGCUGCAGCUUGUCUUUGCUAAUUGAAUAAUAACUGAAUAAUAACUGGUACAACAGAAUCUAUGUCAAUGUUUAGAAUCUCCUCCUCGUACUGAAAGCAACAGCUGCUAAGUCACACCAUUGAGUUUUUACAUGUCUAGUCAGAACACAUGAAACUGUUUAUCUUGUACUGUUCUGCACCCAGUU